AUGGACCCUGUGCUGGAGCGGAACAGGCCGCUCUACCUUGAAUUCAUCAAGUUUGGCAUCUCGCGGGGCGUCUUCACCUUGGGCAAAGAACGGGUCGAGGACGUCUCCGCCUUCUUCGUGGCUAAGAAGGGCGAGCGGAUCAGGAGUGCGCUGGACUGCAGGCGUAGCAACCAACGGUUUCAGCCCCCCCCCCCCCCCCCUUCCGUCAACCUGUUCUCCGCCGCGGGGUUCGCGGACCUCGAGGUGCCGAAAGACGCGCCCCUCUACUUUGCGGGGGUUGACGUCCAGAGCGCGUUCUACCAGCAUAAGUUGCCAGCGUACUUGCGGUCGCACUUCUGCAUGCCGAAGGUCACCGCGGGCGAGCUUGGCGUCAGCAGGCUCGACGGGCGGCGCGUCCCGCCCCGGGCCUGCCUCUACCCACAACUUGCCGUCGUUCCCAUGGGGUGGAGCUGGGCACUCUUCUUUGCGCAGAAGGCCCACGAGCGGACGUUGGGCCAGUCCGACGCCCUGAGGCUUGAGCUGCGGGCGGUCGACUUCGCGCCGACCCCGUGCCCGCUCAAGGAACCCACCCACCCGAUGUGCGCGGACAACGUCCUCGCGGUCGGCACUGACCGCGCGGCCGUGACCGAGGUCAGGCGCGCGGCCUCCCAGGCCCUGGAGGGCGCAGGCCUGGCCGUCCAUGAGGGGGCCGACGCGGCCGAGAGCAUGAUGAUGCUUGGCGUGCAGCUCGAGGGGCGCUCCGCCCGCGCCACCUUGGCGCCGCGGCGUUUCUGGAAGCUCUACAUGGGGCUCGGUCACCUGGCGCAGCGCCGGCCCCGCGUCACCAGCCGCGACAUCGAGCGCGUCAUCGGCCACUGCACCUUCGCCGCGCUGUGCAGGCGCGAGAGCUUGAGCUGCUUCAGCGCCGUGUACUCUUUUGUUCAGCAGAGGUACCAGCGCGCCAGGCCUCUGUGGGCGUCCGCGCGGUGCGAGCUCAGGAUUUUCCGAAGGCUGCUGAUCGCGCUCAGCUCGGACCUCGACGCUGAGUGGUCCACGAAGGUCGUCAUGACUGACGCUUGCGAGACGGGCCGCGCCUCCGUCGUGGGCGAGUGGGAGCUGUCGGAGGUGCAGCGCGCUGGUCGGCGGCACGAGCGGCGGCGCUUCCGCCACGCGCGCGAGGACGACGGGGGCUGGAGUCGCGCCCGCGAGGGCGCUGGCGGCCGCGCUGCACCUGGGGCCAUCUGGCGCGCUACCGCAGCGCGCGGGCGUCAGCUUCGGCACCGCCGCUGCUCGGCGCCGGGCCCCGAGGGCGACAGUCGGGCCGGCGCCAGCUGGUCUGCGGCCCUGGCGGGCACGCCUGGGCUCUGCCGCCCCGCAGCCAGCCCGCCCCCCGCGGGCCCGUGGCCCAGCGGCGCCCCUGGCGACAAGGCGGCUGAAGCGCAGCGAGCCGGGGCGCCCCCCGGCGACGCCGGCCCCCUGCGGCGCCUGGCGCCGCGGACGCUGGCACGCUGUGGCUCGGGCCCUCUGGGCUCGCCGCGCCGCUCCUGGGCUGGGCGCAGCCUGCCGUCGGCGGCGCUGGCGGCCCCGCGCGACAUCCCCACGAGCGAGCUGCCUCGCUCGGCGGCGGCGGUCGGACGGCGGAGCCGCAUGCAGUGCACGCGGCUGCUCGAGCUGUUCCUCCGCCGCAGCCGCCUGAAGUCCCUGGCGGGGCCUGCUGCCGACGCGGGCGCGGCCCCGGCCAAGUUCUUCGACGACCUGUACCUCGAGGGGGAGAUCGCGUCCACGGGCGAGAAGGUGCUCGCCGCCAUCUUCAUGCAUGUGCCCGACUACCAGAGCAAGGGGAAGCUGGCCCUGCCGCGCGCCUACCGCGCGCUGCGCGGCUGGCGUCUUCUGCGGCCGUCGCGGACGCGGCGGCCUCUGCCGCGGGCUACCUGCAUGGGCGUGGCGCGGCAGCUGUGGCGGCUCAGCGGCCGCCCCGAUCUCGCAGUGCUCCGGCUGCUGAUGGUGGACGCCUACCUACGGCCUGGCGAGGCGUUCCGCUUGACGCGUGGCCAGAUCAUCCCACCGCGGGCACGAAUGCCGAAGGUGACGAUCCAUAUCAACCCCGAUUACAUGAAGAGGCCCAGCAAGACUGGCGAGAUGGACGAGCCCGUGGACGCGGCGCGGCCCUGGCGGGACAGCCUGCUGGUUCGGCUGGCCCAAGGCCCGCCCAGCAGCUCCCUGUGGAGCUUCACCGCGGCGGAGGCCAAGGACAUGUUCGAGCGCGCGGUGCGCGAGCUGAACCUGGACGGGAUGAUGCCUGUGCUCUACACCGCCCGACACAGCCGCGCGUCCAACGACCGCUUCACGGGGGGGAUCGCACUGCAAGAGGUCCAGCGGCGCGGCAGGUGGCGCCAGCCCAGCUCGGUCAGACGAUACGAGAAGCGCGGGCUCAUCCAGACGGUGUGGAGCCAGAUGGAGCCCUCGGCCAGGACCUACUGCCUGAGGGCCGAGGCCGAGCUGCCCUCGCUGCUCGCCGCCGCCUC